AUGUAUAUUCAUAUCUAUCUAUCUAUCUAUCUAUCUAUCUAUCUAUCUAUCUAUCUAUCUAUCUAUCUCAGUAUAUUCAUAUCUAUCUAUCUAUCUAUCUAUCUAUCUAUCUAUCUAUCUAUCUAUCUAUCUAUCUAUCUAUCUAUCUAUCUAUUUCAGUAUAUUCAUAUCUAUCUAUCUAUUUAUUUAUUUCAGUAUAUUCAUACCUAUCUGUCUAUCUGUAUUUUUUUUAUUUUGAGACAAGCUAACCGUAGUGAAACAGUCAGUGAAGAUCGAACUCACAGCGUCUGUCAACUUACCAUCGUUCUGUCGUCGGCAUUCCAAUCACUUCGAUUGUGUGAUUCAUGUGAUAAUCUACUUGUUCUUUAUGUAUCUCAUUCUUUUAUCUAUCUAUCUAUCUAUCUAUCUAUCUAUCUAUCUAUCUAUCUAUCUAUCUAUCUAUCUAUCUAUCUAUCUAUCUAUCACGAUGCACAAUAUGUGUACGAGCGUAUUUUUAUGUUGAUGUUCUUUAAUGCUCACGCCUGA